UCCGUCCAUCCCUUCUCCGGCCAAACCCACACUAAACCAACAAAAGGGUUUAAGACUUGUAGUUCACUCUACUCUUCCCUUCUCACUUCCCAAAAAUCAUAAUCCCUUCUCUAUUUUUCAAUCUCCAUCCCUCUUCUUUCUUUGUUCCCAAAACCCUACAUCUCCUCGACAUCGACAAUGAGCUACGCGACCUACAAGAUGAUGCACUGGCCCAACGGAAUCGAGUACUACGCCUCCGGCUUCGUCACCCAUUGCAUUGUGGAUUUCACGUCCCAAAUUCCUCUCAACCAGACCGAACAUCUUGAAUCCGAAUGGCCCUCAAGGCGCGGCAUUGGUACCGUUUCGAAUCUCAUCGUCACCGCUGCUAACAUUCUCAAAAUCUAUGCGGUCAGGGUUCAAGAAGAGGGCAGCAGGGAAGCCAUAAACUCUACGAAAGUCAAGCCUGGCGGAGUUAUGGAUGGGGAGUCUUCAGGGUUUCUCUCGAGCUUGUUUGCAGUUAUAGCUCAAUGCAUUGUUUUGAGGCCCUAGAGUGGCUACAUUUGAAAAGAGCGAGAGAAUCAUUUGCAAGAAGUCCGUUGGUAAAGGUUGAUCCUCAAGGCAGGUGUGGCAGCGUUCUUGUUUAUGAUUUGCAAAUGAUAAUACUUAAAGCUGUUCAGGCUGUUUCUGGGUUUGUUGGAGAGGAUGAUGCUUUUGGAUCUGGAGGUGCAGUUUCUGCUUAUGUUGAAUCAUCUUACAUUAUCAAUUUACGAGAUUUGGACAUGAAGCACAUAAAAGACUUUAUAUUUGUGCAUGGUUAUAUCAAGCAGGUGAUGGUUAUCCUUCACGAGUGGGAACUUACUUGGGCUGGGCGAGUCUCCUGGAAGCACCAUACUUGCAUGAUUUCUGCACUUAGUAUCAGCACAAACUUGGAAGCAGCAUCCCCUCAUAUGGUCAGCAGCUGUAUGUUCUGAACGUGAUUAGCUCUUCUGUAAAUAUUUUAUAGCUAUCAACAGAUUAAUAUAUUUUAUGGACCCUGAGCUACAAAUAAAAUUUUCUAAGGUAAACUACUAUUGAAUAGUCUUUUGCAAAAAAAUCCCUGUUGCCUUGAAUCCUUGCUAUCUUAAUUGAGCUAUGACAGUAGUAAGUUCAAAUAACUGUGUUUACCGUGGAGUUCAGAUCUUGCUAGUAAUUAUUGAUAACAAGUUUUCAUA